AUGGCUAACCCAAUGAGUUGUUCCUGGCUGGCGCUGCUCCUGCUGGCCAUGGUGGCGGUGCAGGCACAGGACUCUGAGGAGUCCACCAGCAUAGAGAUAGCCAGUUCCAGUUCCAGCUCCAGUUCCAGCGAGGAUUUGACUGAGGAAAAGUGCGGCAAGGAGCGCAAAGGCUGCUGCUCGGAGCUGUACAUUGGGGAGGAGGCGGAUCUGGUCAAGUGCUUCACCAUACACUCCUCGAAGCUGCCACCCGACGGCGACAGCGAUGUGGGCAAAACGCUGAGAUUUCUAUCGUGCUUUGUGGAGUGCCUCUACAAGCAGAAGAAGUACAUCGGCAAGAGCGACACAAUCAACAUGAAGAUGGUCAAGCUGGAUGCGGAGACAGCCUACGCGGAUCGACCCAAGGAGCGGGACUACCACAUCGCCAUGCUGGAUCACUGCCGCAAGGAUGCGAUGGGAAUUUACAAUCUACUGAAGGCCAGUCCGGGGGCCAAGGCGCUGCUGAAGAACGCCUGUCGCCCGUAUCUGCUGAUGGUGUUCCUCUGCCAGAGCGACUAUCACCAGAAGCACGAGUGUCCCUACUUCCGCUGGGAGGGCAGCGACAAGGCAGGCACCAAGGACAGCUGCGCAGAGGCCAAGGACAAGUGCUACCACAUCGAGGGCAUAGCCAGUCCCACAAACAGUUCGCUCUGA